AACACUUUAAUUCAGCGGCACAGCUGGAUCACAGCCAGUCACAAGACCGUAAAUUUCCAGCUUACAGAGCUCGGUAUCCAUAAGGCAAGGUUAUAGCUGAAGGAAGUGGCUGUCCCGUCCUGUCCUAUUCCUUAAUUCUACUCCAUAGGCACGAUGCGCCAACAUUCAAGGUUGCAUUUGCAAUGGAUCUGUGUAUUAGGUAUCAUGUCUCUUCUAGUAUUUAUAAGUCAGAUUCACCCAUCGACUUUUCACCAUAAGCUUCCUUCAGCCCUACCACACACACUUACCUUGAGCCGCUCCCGUGUCACUUAAAACUUCAUCUUCAACAAGAUACAUCCACGCACCAAUAUCAAAAUGGUCUCUCAAAACGUCGUCGCUCUCCUAGGCCUCGCCUCUACCGCAGCGGCAACCUACAGGCCCCAAGCCCUCGGCAGCCUAAACAACCUGCGUGCGGAGCGCAUCGUCAUCGAGGUGCGCGAGGCGCAAACCAGCAGCCCCAGCAACGCCCUCAGCAGCGCGUGCGCGUCGUCGGCCGAUGCCCUAAUCACAGACGUGCCGAUCCCGCCCUCCAGCCUGGAGUCAUACUUCGCGUCGUUCGCGCGGACGGCCAACUUCUCCGACGACGUCAGCUACCUGUGCUCCAUCACCGCCUCCGUCCCUGCUUCCUUGACCGCUGCGUACAGCUCCUACGACCAGCAGGCUAGCAGCUGGUUCGUCAAACACAGCAGCGAUCUCACGGCCAUCGUGUCCCAGUGCGGCACCCAGGAAGACGUCAAUUCCAUCGCCCAGGUCGUCACCGCGCUCGAUAUAUACCUUGCUAGCGGCUGCGGCACUAGGUCCACGGGUCUGGCUGCGCGGCCGACUGGGGCGAUUGCUGGUGCUGUUGCUGCGGCGGGUGUUUUGGGCGCUGCGGUGGUGUUGUAGGUGGUGGAAGGUGGGACGGGAAUGGGAACGGGAAGGAGAUGUUAAGCGGGAUAUGGAUGGGGGAGCGGGAGGUUUAAUUGGCAUUGAGUUAGGGUUGGAAAACUUAAAAUAUUUAUCAUAUAUAGCACCUACCUAUUCUCGAUUUUUUAGUAAAAAUACCCAAUUGAUUUAUUUCUCCCAGUUUACUUACCACCUUUCAAAUGUUAUAGGCGCUUGCUCAAUUUAAAUGGUGAUUUUCA